AUGACUAGGUCCUCGCCUCCCUCGCAGAGCAGCCCAGCGCAAGACAGUCCGCCGCUGCAGUCACCACCGGAGGCCGCUUUCGAACGCACGCCUGUCACAUCAACACGAUCGUUGCGUCAAUUGUCAGUCUUCUGGCUUGGCUCUGCAUGUAUUCUCGCAACAACAGCCAUCACACGAAAGGCCGUCUGGAGGCGGCAGCUUCGAACCAAGCCAUCGUUCUACGCGCCAAAUACGAACCCCCAUGAAUUUUUCAGUCCUAUGUCUGAUGCGCUGCAAGCACUCAAUCUGGCUACAAUGAAUUGCUUCAGUGUAGGACUCAUGCUUGUAGGUGGCACCAUGUGGACCUUGGACAUCGCGAACCUAAAAGAGGCUCGGUCUAUCCUGCGAGGGCGGCUGAACUACGACUCGAUAUACCGAUCAGCGGACGACGCGCCGAACGGCCUUGGAGAAACCCUGCUCAGAGCGGGGGAGACAAGGAUAGUGGAGGAGGAUGGAGACGGCCACGAUACAAAGCCUCGGUGA